AUGGUGAAAUUUCUUAAGCCGGGUAAAGUCGCCAUAGUUUUAUCAGGCCGCUAUGCAGGCAAAAAGGCUGUUAUAAUCAAGAACGUUGACGAAGGUACAAAAGAACGUGCAUACGGUCAUGCCAUCGUUGCUGGUAUCGAAGAAUAUCCGUCAAAGGUCACCAGAAGAAUGAGUACUAAACGUAUUGCAAAACGGUCAAGAAUCAAGCCUUUCGUAAAGGUGAUCAACUAUAAUCAUUUGAUGCCUACUCGAUACACCUUUGAACUCGAAGACCUCAAGGGUUCGGUUUCGAGCGAAAAUUUAAAAGAACUCUCGCAAAAGAGAAAAGCCAAGGUUUCCGUUAGAAAAGCUUUCCAGGAAAGAUAUAAAGCUGGGAGGAAUAAAUGGUUUUUUACAAAACUUAGAUUCUGA